AUGUGGGAGUUGGGUGAAGAUACUCUCAGUAUAUUCGACACACCAGACGAAUGGACUGGAACCAUUUGGGCACGAACUGGCUGCGUCAGGGAUGAUCAUGAAAACUUUUCUUGUGCAACCGGUGACUGUAAAACAAAUGAUAUAUACUGUUUCAAUUUAACGGCAAAGUAUCCUGUUACGUUAAUCAACUUCGCAAUCCAACAAUCAGAAGCAACAUAUGAUGUUAGCCUAGUUCAUGGUUACAACGUACCUGUAAAAAUUGUACCCGAUGGUGGAUCAGGUGAUUGCGUGACUACUGGUUGUCCAAAUGACGUGAUGAAUGUUUGUCCUGCCCAACUGAUUUUUGCAGGCUCGAAUGGAACAGCGAUUGCGUGUCAUGGUCCCUGUGAUGUCCUGAAAGAUGCUGACGCUUGCAAGUCUAACCAACACUCAGAUAUGUUUAAAACCACUUGCCCUCUUGCUAGUCUUUUCCCUGGUGAUGCAAAAUCUCACAAGUGCAAUGCUGCUACUUAUAAUAUUACCUUCUGUCCGUUGAGUCCAAACUCUAUUGAGAUAUGA